UUGCAAAAGAUGUCGAAUCACUUGGCAGAGAUGGCUUACAGUCAGCAUGGCUCAAGAAUGAUCCAGCAACACCUGCAACGUUGCACACCUCUUGACAGAGAAGCCAUUUUCUCAGAAAUCUUGCCAGAAUCGGAGAAACUGAUGACUGAUGUUUUCGGCAACUACGUGAUCCAGAAACUUUUAGAAUUUGGUUCCCCAGACCAGCGAACAGUUCUUGCUGGAAAGAUGAAAGGAAAUGUCCUGCAACUCUCGAUGCAAACGUACGGCUGCAGAGUAGUUCAAAGGGCGCUGGAAACCGUCCCCUCAGACACUGCCAAAAUUCUGAUUCAAGAAUUGCACGACCACGUCAUCGAAUCCGUCAAGGACCAGAACGGGAACCACGUGAUCCAGAAAUGCGUGGAAUUCGCCGAACCCGCCACGAAACAAUUCAUCGUCGACGCAUUCCGGGGACAAGCAACGUUUCUCAGCAUGCAUCCCUACGGCUGCAGAGUGAUUCAAAGGAUCCUCGAACACUGUUCGUCCCGUCAAGUCCGACCAUUGGUGACAGAACUGUCCGUGGACCUGGACCGACUCGUCGUGGACCCCUUUGGCAACUACGUCGCCCAACACAUGCUCGAACACGGCAGCCUGGAAGACAGAACCCGACUCGUCGCGUUUGCAAGGGGCAAACUUCUGAGUCUGUCUCAACACAAGUUUGCUUCGAACGUCAUGGAAAAGUGUAUCGAGUAUUCGACGGAUUUCGAGAGGAGCCAGUUCCUGGACGAAACCAGUUUGCCAAUUACGUGUUGCAAAAAAUGCUGGACUUGA